AUGGCAGUAUCGGGAAGAAAGUUUUCUGAUUUUCAAGGUUCCAUAUCCAAUGGUUCAGCAGAGGACUUUGACCAUAGAUGUGAACCAUGUUUGGCGAUUGGUCAGCAAAUAGAAGCUCAUGGAUUUUGUGUGGACUGUCAAGAAUACCUGUGUAAGAACUGCUUUGCUUAUCAUCAAAGAACGAAGGCUUCAUAUCAUCAUCAGCUGGUAAACAAAGAUAAUAUGGGUAAACAUGUUGUUCCCGCGAAAGAUUCAGGAGUGUGCACUGAAAUGUGCCGUGAUCACAAAACUGAAGUUAUCAAAUUCUUCUGUCCAAACCAUGAAGCACUUGGUUGCCAUGACUGCAUGACCAUGAAUCAUAGAACAUGUAAAAUUGACUAUAUACCUGACAAAUGUUCAGGUAUUGGGGACAGUGCAGAGUUCAGAGAGGUGAUGAGGGAACUUGACCAGAAAGUGAAUGAGGCCGAGGAUGUUUUAAAGCUGGCCUCAUGUAGAGAAAAAGAAUUAGAUUCCUGCCAUGACAGACUACUCAAAGAAAUUGCAUUGUUUCGCAAGGAGGUAAAUGAUCGCUUAGACCAGCUACAAAAGCAAAUCCAGACCGAUGCUGACAAAAAGAAGUUCACAGAUCAACAAGCAGUAAAGAAGGUGCUUGAGACAUGCACAAGCAUUUCUUCAGAUAUCAAACAACUACAGUCAAGACUACAAGAUUACAAAGCUUCACAGCAGAAUGGACAACUUUACAUUACAAUGAAACAAGCUAAAUCCAAACUAAAGUCAGACGAAAUAAAGGAGGCAGGCAGAAGCUUAGAAACGACAAACAUGCAAUACACAUUUGAGCAAAAUCAGGACCUGAAAAAAACAUGCUUUCAAGACAAAAUGCACUUGGAAAGCUCACAAUGCCGUCUUGUAACUACAAAGCGGCGGAAAUCUGUUGACAAAUUGACCCACAAAGAGAACAUAUAUAUAAGGACAAAGUCAGCUCAGAAAAUACGCUAUAUCAGAGGAUGUGUUGUCCGGUCCUCUAACAAACUUGUGGCGGCUGACUGGAACAAUGAGAAACUGAAAGUUGUUGACAUAAAAACAAAGCUGUACUAG